AAAUCAUCCAAAGAACAACAUAUUCCUAUUCAACACAGAAUUGCAACCUUUUGUCGAGACAGGUCUCUACUGAAUAAACUUCAAAUUACCGAAACUGAAUUUUUUAAGGUGGUGGAAUCUGGAGAUGUCAGUCAGGUGCAGAAGUUUCUUGAGGAAACGCCUAAAGUGGACCUGAACAGCACUAAUUAUCAAGGACUAACAGCUUUAGACAUUGCUGUUAAGGCCGAAAACAUUAGCGUAAUCAGUAUCUUGCUUGAAAGAGAAUCGCUUGUGAUUGGAGAUGCUGUACACCAUGCAGUGUCUACUGGAAACUACGAUAUUAUCAGACUUUUACUUGAUACUUUGCGAGCCCAAGAACCGAGCAUUUCUGAUUACACUUACAGCUCAGAAUUCUCUGAAAGAGUCAAUCCUCUGAUGUUGGCUGCUCAACAGGGAUCGUACCAUUUGAUUCGCCUUCUGAUUGAGAGGGGACAUUACAUUAGACGCCCUCACAUUCCUUCGUGCUUAUGCAAAGCAUGUAAACGGGCGGUAAAAGAUCAGUCACAUGAUUUAACUGUUUUUCGUCUCAACGUUUACCUCGCAAUCUCAAACCCAGCAUAUAUUUGUUUAACAUCAGACGAUCCUAUUUUAACAGCUUUCGAAUUAGACGACGAGCUUAAGUUGUGUGCUCAAAUGAAUGAAGAGUAUAGGGAUGAGUAUGAGAAAAUGGCCUUAGACGCUAGAAAAUUUGCUUUUGACCUUUUGUCCAACUGUCGUACCCUUUUUGAAGUCAAUCUUGUUCUUCAACAGACGGAUGGAAUUGAGAAUGUUGGACGUUUGAAAUAUCCAAGACUACAACUAGCUGUGGAUUACAAGCAAAAGAGU